CGCGAGCCUGGUGGCGUUUCCGCCCGCCAUUACAGACAUGGCGGCGUCCCUGGGAGGGAUGUUCGCCGGGCAGCCACCAGGACCUCCUCCGCCACCGCCCGGCCUCCCAGGCCAGGCGUCGCUUCUCCAAGCAGCCCCUGGAGCUCCGAGACCAUCUAACAGCACUUUGGUGGACGAGUUGGAAUCAUCAUUCGAGGCUUGCUUUGCUUCCCUUGUGAGUCAGGAUUAUGUCAAUGGGACUGAUCAGGAAGAAAUUCGAACUGGUGUUGAUCAGUGUAUCCAGAAGUUUUUGGACAUUGCAAGACAGACAGAAUGCUUUUUCUUACAAAAAAGGUUGCAGUUGUCUGUACAGAAACCAGAUCAAGUUAUCAAAGAGGAUGUCUCAGAACUAAGGAGUGAAUUGCAGCGGAAAGAUGCUCUGGUCCAGAAGCACUUGACAAAACUGAGACAUUGGCAGCAGGUGCUGGAAGACAUCAAUGUGCAGCACAAGAAGCCAGCCGACAUGCCUCAGGGCUCCUUGGCCUACCUUGAGCAGGCGUCUGCCAACAUACCUGCACCUCUGAAGCAGACCUAAGGACUCUGGCCUGUGGUGCAGCCUUGCAGGCUUGCCAGACACCUUUCCUUACAGACCUGGCAUAUUGGAAGGACUCUAUUGGACAAUGAGUUGUUAUUUGUUUAUGUCCCUGUUUUAUAAGGUAGGGUUUCAGUAUGAAGCCCGGACAGCCCUUGAAUCUAUGAUCCCCUGCCUCAAGCUCCUCGGGUACUCUAAAUUCCUGAAUACUUUAUAAAAUGCCUGUAUCUUUGAUAAAGUAGUGCGUGUUUUUGUU